AUGCCUUUCAAUCUUCACCAGGCUGAUGGUGGAAUCGGCGCUCAGUAUCCCCAGAUUAUGGGAGCUACGAUCGCUGGAGUGGUUGAAGCCGUUGAGCCGAAAGCCAGCAGGUUUAAGAAAGGGGACGAGAUCUUUGCUCGGCGCAAGUCGUGUUUCGACUACCGAGGACCCAACGUCACGACCGCCGUGCUGGAGAGCGCUGCCAAGAACCAAGGCACAGCCAAGCCGGUCGUGCCUAUGAUCAUCGACUGCAUCGGCUCGCAAGCAGGAACACUGGAGCCCCUCUCCCGGAUUGCCGAGAGCGGUAGCACCGUUGCGGCUAUUUUUUCCGUUAUCGUGAAGGUUGCUUCGAAAGAAGAAGCGCCAGAGUACUUUAUGGAUGCGUUGUCUGUUGUUCCAUGGGCCGACGGGGUGGAUGUUCGUGGUGUUCGGAUGUUCGUCUACCAGGUAGGCAGGCAACCCCCCGCCAACGAUGGAAAUGAUAUGUUGAAAUCCUGCCAGCAGAGUGAGUUCUUCAAAGAGAAGCUCCCGCCCGAGAGUAUGCCGGCCAUGUUGUCUCAGGGUUUCGUGACGCCUCAGAGAUAUUGA